AUGUCUGCCUCUUCGCUGCAGUUUGGUCCCGAAUGGAUGCGCAAGGCGCCCGGCAAGGGUUCCAGCCCGGCGCAUGCACCCAGCCCAUCGGAGAGCUCCUCGCUGGAGCCAUCGGUGGGUGCCGGCGGCGGCAACACUAGCAGUGGAGCAGGCGCUGGUGGGGCAGGAGGAGCAGGAGGCGCAGCCAGUGCAGGAGCAGUCGCUGGACCAGGACCAGGAGCUGGACUAGGAGGAGCAUCGGCAGGCGCGCGCCCGUCGGCACAGCGUCGCCAUCCUAGCCUGGGAAACCUCUCGUCGCAGCAUGCCGCCUCGACUGGCCCUUCACCCGUCACGCCCACAGGCCCCGUCACGAGCCCGGGCGCCUUCAGCUUUGCCGCGGCUGCGAGCGGCGGGGCGAGCGGCCAGCAUGCGAAUGCCUCGUCGGCCGCGCCCGGUGGUCCUGGCGUUGGCACAGGAGGAGCAGGCGGAGGCGCACCGUCGGCGGGCCAGGCCGCCGUCGAUGCAGACUCGCUGAGGUACUCUAAGCGCCUGUUGAGCCUCUACAGCUCCGAGAGAGGCCAAAAGAGCCCCUCGACCCAGACGGCUGCCCUGGGAGGGACAGGGAUAGGGACAGGGACGGGGACAGGGACAGGAGCAACAUCUUCGGAAGCACCGAGCGGCGGGGGUACAGGAGCAGGAGCAGGAGCAGGAGCAGGAGCAGGAGCAGGAGCAGGAGCAGGAGCAGGGCCAGGGACAUCAGGACAUGGAGGCUCGAUUGGGUCCAGGAAGAAGGAUCGACCGAGUCUGGAUCGCGACGCCAUGCCCAGGCGUCCGCUUGAGCAGGGCGGCGGUGGAGGACCCAUGCGGCCACACUCGCCCACGGGCGAGCCGCGGGGCCUCAAUGCGCGCGCCCUCUCGCAGGAGAAGGCCGACCUGCACCAGCGUCCUGGCCUCUUCCAGCGGGGCAGCAGCAGUGCCGCGCCCACCGCUGCCUCUGUGCUGUCGCCGACGACGCUUCAGCCGAGGGAGCGCCACGGCUCUGGUAUCCAGGGCGGCGUCCUGUCGGGCGUCGCUCCUCCAGCUUGGAAGAAGAAGGAGGGCGAGUCGGGGGUUUCCGAGCCUCUGCGGACACCCAAGAGCCCCCUCGAUGCCGACGGGUCCUCGGCCUGGGAGCGACGGGGUCCCAGCCUGAAUGAGGCCUUUAGCUCGGCGAGAAAUCGUACCUCAAGGACAACGCACGACGAGGGCAGUGCAGAGCCGUCACAGGAGGCACCGACUUCCAAUGGACAUUGGUCUCGCUUUGGGAGAAGAGACCGCAUCCCGGGCGAAGGGCCUAUCGGGCCUCCUGCCGACGGCAGCGCUGGCUUUGCCAAGUUUGCCGGCUAUGAUCGCAAGAGGGAGCGCCAGGCAUCGCAGGCAGGCCCUACCCGCAGAACGACUGAGCCGGCGAAUGGUGGCCUUGGCGCUGCUUCGGCUCCGUCAGAGGAUCACCAGCCUGAGAAGGCGCCGUCGUCUGCCGAGAAGGCCCGCGAAGAGCAGACUGCAGAGCCGGUUUCUGUCGAUAGCCAGCCAACAGAGCCCGACCUGGCUCACCAUGCGUCCUCGAUCCUCGACUCGCUCCGCCUCGACGAGGAUGCCGAACUACCUGCCUCGUCGCCUUCCUCCCGUCCGGCUGAGCACCAGCCUGUACGAGAAGAGGACGCUAGCUGGUCGCCAUCGACGGCACAGUGGUUGUACCGUGAUCCUGAUGGUAUCAUUCAAGGGCCCUUUACGGCUACCGACAUGCAGAGCUGGUACGAGGGCCAGUACUUUGCCGACGACCUCAUGAUCCAGCGGGCCGAGGACCAGGAACUGAGGCCGCUGGCCCAGGUGCUCGCCUUUAUUGGCAACAGGGAGACGCCGUUCUUGGUGCGGCCCUCGGAGUAUGUUGGCCACAAGAUGAUCCAGGAGCGCGCCCUGCACGACUAUGCGGCCAUGCGAGCGAGGGAGCAGCAGAUCCACCAGCACCAGCAGCAUUUGCAGCAACACCAGCACCAGCAACACCAGCAGCAACAACAACAGCAGCAGCACGCGCCGUCGCUGGACCGCAUGCAGAACGAGGUGUUUGGUGGUGGCGCGCCGAUGGGGGGACACUGGCCGCUCGAUCAGGGCUUUGGCCAUCCCGGACCCAUGCCGGCCUCUCCCUUUGCCGCCAACGGAAGCCUGUUUGGAGGUGGUGGUGGUGGUGGUGGUGGUGGUGGUGGUGGUGCUGCUCCCCAGUCGCCCUUUGCGGGCGAUUUCGAUCCACGGUUCCGACUGCGCAACCAGGACGAAUACCUGGCCAUGGUUCGGCAGCGCGAGAUGGAGGAGCACCAGCACCGGGCCACUUCGUCGCCCUUUGCAGCUCAUCUUGGCGUGGCACAGGGCGCAGGCGUCGGUAGUCCUUGGAUGCAGCCUGGCUUUGGCGCCGCUCAGCUCUGGGACACCAACCACCAUCACCCACAGCAGCAGCAGCAGCAGCAGCAGCCUGGGAUGGGGCCGGCCUUUCCACCGCAGCAGCAGCAGCAGUUUGACCCUUACCAGCAGCAACGAGCUCCGUUCGAUCUGCCGCAGCAUCACCAGCACCAGCAACAACAGCAGCCUCAGCAGCCUCAGAAUGCACCUGAUGAGAGCCAUUGGCAAUCUCAGCAGCAGCCGGAGCAAGGGCAAGGGCAUGGGCAGGAGCAGGAGACGGAGCAAGAGCGGGAGCGGGAGCAGCACAGCCACGGCAAUGCCGAGCUUUUCAAGGAUGAAAGCGGCGCAGACGGCGAACUGGACAUCAAGGAAGAUGGUCAGGAGCAGCGAGAAGAAGCAGCGACGCAGGAGGAGGUCAGUGAGCCGGCCAUUGAGCAGGUCUGGCCUCAGAGCCCGUCUGCCGUGCAGUUUGCUUCAGAGCCCUUUAUGAUUCAGACGGACGGCGUGAAGCACCAGCAGCAGCACCAGCAGCAAGACUCGGUCGAGUCGCCGACGAAGAAGAAGAACAGGCGCCAGCGUGGUAAACAGACGGACGAGCUGAGCCAGCAGCAGCAGCCGUCUGAAAGGGCGCAGCAUGCUCAGUCGGCCGCUGGAGGGAACGUCAAGGUGGUGAGCGAGGACCAGUUCCGUCGUCAGCAGCAGCAGGACGGAGCAGGAGUAGGAGCAGGUGGUCAACAGGUGCCCCUGAGUGCCUGGAUGUCCGACUCGAACCAGGAGACGUCGACGUCGACGGCCUCGACAAAAGCACCCUGGGCAAGCGCCGCAGAGAGCCAGGGAGGCACGACGUCGAGCAUGAGCCUCCGUGAGAUCCAGGAGGCCGAAGCGCGCCAGGCCGAGGCUCGAAAGGCGGCUCAGGCUGAACGACUGCGCAGCCAGAAUGCAUUCGCACGCUCGACGUCCAACAGCGAGUCGGUGCCGACGAGCAUGUCGUGGGGCCUGGCCAGCGUGCCGCCCUCGGUCAACCGGUCAGAGUCGCCAUCGUCUGGCAACGCACCCUCGACGCCCGUCUGGAACGCCGGCAACCGCCAGACGCCCAAGAAGACGCUGACGGAGAUCCAGGAAGAGGAAAAGAGGCGUGCCCAGCGUGUCAAGGAGGCUCAAGCGCAGGCCCACGGUUCUCAACCUGGUGCCACCCCCACCAGGCCAAAGGGCUACGCCGACCUGGCAAACAGGCAGGUGCAGGGAGUGCCGGGCGCGAUCAACAAUGCCUCUUCUGGAGCUGGGGGUUCGUGGAGCGUCGUCGGCGCUGGCGGCAAACCUGCAACGCCAACUGGUCCAUCGGCGUCGUCUCUGCCGACUGCCGCUCCUUCGGCUACUGUCAGGCCGACUGUGGCCCCACCUCAGGGGCCAGCUGCUCACCGAGCCAACAGCGGCGGCCCUUGGAACGUGGCAGGGGCUGGAGCAGGAGCAGGCCCCGCUGCCUCCGUCGCCAGGCCCAACGGCAUUCCCGCCAACAACUUCCGUAGCGCCUCGUCGGGCUCGUUGACCCAGGCUUCAACCCGCUCCAAAGCGCAGGGCAGUGUUGCAGCGCCCGCGGCGAGCUCUCUGCCUGCGCCCUCUGCCACUCCCAAUGGCGAGCCGGGUGCUUCUCCCGAAUUCCUCCGGCACUGCAAGGAGCAACUCAAGGGUCUCAACGUCAAGGUCGACGAUUUCAUCGAGAUGCUCCUCUCCUUCCCGCUGGAUCCCUCGCCUGAUGUCGUCGAAAUCAUUGCCGAGAGCGUAUAUGCAAACAGCUCAACGCUGGACGGCAGGAGAUUCGCAGCCGACUUUGUCGCCAAGAGGAAGCUCGAUGCUGCAAACCGCGGUGGGGCUCAGCCUCGCACAAAUGGGGCCGGCUCGAGGACUGCAAGCGACAUUAUAAAGUCGCAGCAGGCUCAACAGCAACAGCAGCAGCAGCAGCAGCACAACCAGAUCCAUCUUCAGGCGGUGCAGCAGCAACAGCAGCAGCACCAGCUCCUGCAGCAACAGGCCGCUGCUGCUGCAUCCAAGAAUAACAGCGACAGCUUUGGAGGAUUCAAGGUCGUCAAGGCAAAGGGCAACAAGAAGCGAGCUUGA